UCCAUGGUAUUCUAUGCCCAGGACAGUGAAGGACGCCAUGUUGUUCUGAAGCACGUCUGCGGCAAUUCCCAAGAAUAUAGGAUCUUGCGGUUUCUUCAAUCGCAAGGCUUUCAAGCUAUGGAAGAAAAUUGUAUCAUGCCCGUUCUCGAACUCAUUGAACACAAAGAAAAUUGGCUCGUUGUUAUGCCUCGGUGGGGCUCUGCAUCCCGUAAUCCACCUUUGCAUCGCGUAGAGGAUAUCUUGCACUAUAUGUUAUGUUUUACAAUACUUCUGCAGGCGCUGACAUACCUUCACGCCAACUCCAUCGUUCACCGGGAUAUCACGCUACUCAACAGUCUCGUCAAUCAUAUCGAGGCUCACCCGUCAAGAGCGGCCGCUGCUAUUGGGUAUAGACAAGGCCUUCGUGAACAUGGACUCAUCAAAUACGCCAUGUUCGACUUCGACUUGUCGAUACAUAUGCCAGAAAACGUCCGCCUACUUCCCGCUAGUUACACUUGGAUCACUGUGGGUCCUUGGCCUCAUGACGCUGCGCAAGGAGAGUAUAUGUAUGAUCCUUUCGCGUACGACGCUUUCUUCAACUUAUGUGUCUUGGUCGUAAUUCAGCACCUCACUAAGUACAUACCAAUGCUUGCGCCGUUAUUCGAUAGUAUGGUUACAGACGACAUCUCACGCCGCUUUACGGCCGCUCAAGCUCUUGAAUUUUUA